AUGCCCUUUUGGGUAAUAACCCUGUAUACAGGGACUUGGAUUUUUAGCGAGAGGUGGUGUGAGAUUCAAGCUGUGAUCCAGUGUACGUUAGGACUUGCUUCUAUCCUAAAUAUGGGACUUAUCGCCUUUAACCGGUAUAUCCGAGUCGUCAAACCAGCGUUUUACAGGAGACUUUUCCCGAGCAACAGAAUGGCACGAUUCUACUGCGCCCUGGUAUGGAUAGCUUCUUUGCUUCUUACAACACCGCCAUUAUACGGCUGGGGCAAGAUGGCCUACCAUCCUCUCUUUGCUGUCUGCACUUUUAAUUGGACAAUCGAGCAUAUUUCAUGGGCCAUAGUUACCGUGGGCGGAUUGAUCAACGGAAUAACAGUUUCAAUAUUUUACUCCUACUACAAGAUUUAUAAGACUCUUAAAGAAAGCACUCAAAAUCUAAAUGCCCACAGCAUUCAAGAUGGAGCGGCUUCGGGACGUCCUGCAACUGAUAUCAGACUCCUGAAAACCAGUUUCACGGUCGUUUGUGUAUUUGUAAUAACAUGGGGACCAGUGUCUGUUGUAGUGAUUGUAGAGACCGCUGGGAGCUUUAUCCCCAGAGAGAUUUUUAUGGCAGCUGUUUACCUUAUGUUUACUAGUAGUUUAGCAAACCCAAUUAUAUACGGGAUUAUGAAUCCACAUUUCCAAGGGGCCUUCAAAAGGGCUUUAAUUUUUGGUCGUUAUGGUAACAACCAAACAAGUCAGAGUUCUAAAAGAAAUAGAGACAAGCCUUGAAGCCAACCUAAAUCUCUGAGGCGACAGGAAGGCUAGGAGUAGGCCAUUUGCACAACGGCGUCGUUUUACUACUAGUACUGACAGAACCCAUUUCGUGUCUCCCUUCAUAUUUAAAAUUUAAUAAUCCCUGCGAAGUUUGAAUAACAAUUUAGCCCCAGGUAAGAGGACCAUGGCUAGACCAUGUUCAACCAUGGUUUUACCAUGGUUGAACACGGUUUCCAGCUAUGGUCUACCAUGGUUUGGCACUGAUAUAACGAUGGUUUGACCAUGGUCAACCAUGGUCAAACUGUUAUGACAUAAGCAGGGAUCAACCAUGGUUGACCAUGGUAAAAGAACAUGUUAGACCAUAGUAAGCCCGACUUUGCAUAAGAAAGCGAGACCCUUGAGGAUUCUGGUAGUAGUAGUCAAAAGAUGGCGUCAUCGUGGAAAUCACCUCUGAGCCUGCAGAAUAGCCGUGAUUUCCCUGCUUUAUUUCAGGCCAAGCCGUUUAUUCAGCACACUCUAUACAGCUAGCAAGCAGCUGCUUCGAAAGGAAUGCGAAUCAGGCCGCGUCAACAACUGAGAAGGACUUCAAAUUAAUAAAAGAUGAUCAAGAUAUGAAAUAAUAUAAGUAAAAAAAUUGCCUCUUUUAAAAUCUAUACCCAGCCAUGGACAGCAGUUUCGCCCUUGUUAGGACUCAUCAGCAUGGCAAAGCCAGCACGGUCUCAACGCCCGUCCGAUGCGUGAUUCUCCACUUUAGAGACAGGCGCGGCGCAGCCUUGCUCCGUUACAGAAAUCGCCCCAAAACCAUCGUUCUUAUGUGUGAACAGAAUACCGUAAAAUUCCGAAAAUAAGCCCCGGGGCUUGUAUUUUUCAAAGAACCUUUUUGAGGGGCUUAUAUUCAGAGGGGCUUAUGUACCGAGAGAAAUUUGCGUUUAAAAAUCGAUUGGGCUAGCCAUAUCCUUGUUCGAAAAUUUACCGUUCUCCUUUGUUUCACUUUGUAUUUGAGGACAAUUUCCAAGUACAAGCCCCCGGGGGCCUAUAUUUGGAGGGACGAUUUAACAGAGGGUUUUUUGCGUUACGAGUUUUGGGGGCUUAUAUUUGGAGGGGCUUAUUUUCGGAAUUCUACGGUAGGUUUAGAAUUCUGCUCGGUAUCCGAAAAAAAUUUAUUUUCGCAAAUAUAGAAGGGAGCCUUCGCCUAACCCUUAAAACCUAAUUAGAUAUUCAUUAUUUUUAUGUGAGUGCGUUGUAGCUAUUAAAUAAUCAAAUUUGCUUUUUAUUUAGUUUUAAAUUUUUCUUACAACUGCUAUGCAUAUCAUUAGUGCCACUGAUUAUCCCUUACUCUGCUCAAAUUCUACUCGAAAAUGCCUUAUUCUGCCGGCAGAAUUCUCGCCUUAAAAAUUGAUUAUUCUGCUCGAACUGCCGGCAGAAUUUAUUCAAGCCUAGAACAGAAGCCUUAAGCUAGUCCGUAUGGUGUGAAAAUAGCCUUACCGUCCACACGUAUCCGGAGAUUUUUGUAUCCGCAAAUUUUUUUAUGCGGAUACAAAAAUAUCUGCGUCCACACGUAGCGUAUACGAAUCGUAUACGACCGUCCACACGAAUCCGAUUCGUAUCCGGACAUCUCAAAGGAUUAGUCAACAGAGCAUGCGCAUUAAGACUGGUUCUGAUACUGUGACGUCAGCGUAUACAAAAAUAUACGGAUACGAGCGUCCACACGUAUCCGGAUACACAGCGUAUACAGAAAUUUCCACUCUGGAGAGCGUAUACAGAACUCUCCGGAUACACCGAGCGUAUACGGCGGACACUUGUGGACGCUAGGUGUAUACGCAUAAAAAAAUUUGCGGAUACAAAAAUCUCCGGAUACGUGUGGACGGGGCCUUCCACUUAGCAAGCAUGUUUUUCCUAUUAGACUGUAUUUAUUACGCUAAAAAUUUGACUCCAAUCAAUGGAACUCAAAUGCUUUUUUUGACAUAUCGUGAAUAAUCACCGUAUCAUUGGUUGGGAAAAUGUUUUCAAGAGCGUGAGGUUGAUAAAAAUCAUGUCAGCAUUUCACGCCAUUAUACAAUACUUUGUUCAUUCGUUCGCAUUCACGGCGUAAAAUUAAGGCUGAAACGCUUUCCAUCUUCGGUCUCUCAUUUCGUGAUAGAAAAUUACGUUUUCACGGCUAAAAGACAACAAGUUAGGGAGAUUUGAUUAGUCUGCACAUAUAAGAUCGUGUUUUCAGUUUUUUGUCUAGUUUGGGUAAAUUAUUUUGUAAUAUAUUAUAUAUGCAAAACAGAGAAAAUUGAGGAUAAAAUGCAGUAUUACAUGGAUGAAAAAGGAUUUCCUAAGAUUAGAAAUUGGACAAGGUAAUCAAGAAAUUGAAAUUAUCAUCUUUUAAAAGAAACUCAUUUGUCGUUAACUUAAACAUAUUCCUUGGUUUCACUUUAGCUCGGUUCUUUUUUCAGCCCAGCAACAGGUGUAAAAUACAGUAGUAAAUUAAAAUGGUGAAGCGUAGAUGGGAGCUCAGAGGAAAAAAAAAUUAGCACAUAAACUCUGCGGUUCUCAGUCGCUAAACAAAAGAUGUGGAAUAAAUUUCAUGACUAUUAAUCGCCUGUCGGCUGAAUAAAACAGGAUCAAUAUAUAUCAGGUAUUAAAGUUAAUUCUUCACAUUAGUGGUUAUCAUUUGUGUUUUCUGGUUUACUCGCUAUGGUAUAUUUUAAUCUUGCGUAACUAUUAGAACUCAGGGCCAGAAACCCUGCGUUCGCUUUGCAAAGAACAUUGAACACUUAUUAAUUGGUAACUGAACGUUUGGAAUGUAUUUGUUAUUACUACGAAAAAGGUACUGACAUUAAAAAAAUUUAACUUUUUCACAACAAGAGGAAGAAACUACUUGCAUGCGAUUAAUAAAAUCACUUUGUUACCAACAACGCCGAAGACAAUAGACCUUUUUAACUUGUACGAUUUGUUUCCUUAUUUAUGACCGUGUGAUGUUAUCCUAAAGAACAGUUUCUUCCAAAUUUAGUCCUUUCCACGUGCAUAUGUACGCAAAAUUUCUGAAAAGACAAAAGGUUAAUCCCUUGAGAACAUCGUGUGGCCUGAUUUGGGAAAACAAAACAUAAGCUCAAAAGGUCUAUAUUGGGCCGUUUAUUAGAAGGCAGUCGUGGACUACAAAUUAAUUUGCUGUCAUUUAUCUAUCGAUAAAAAGAUCAGUUUCUUAGAGCUAAAAUACUGAAAAGCGAUAUUACAACCACUAUAAUGACUAUUCAUUUGAUAGCAUUCUUAAAAGUAUACAAAGCAAAACAGAGCAGGAGCCUUCUGCAAAAGUAAUGGGGCAAACUUCUUAGACACUUGCUCAGUGUUUCAGAUUGACAGGUAAGGUAAGUUGAAAAGAAUUUGUUAUUUACCACUUCAAAGCUUACCAAUUUGAGUCUUACGAUUUCCGGUAAACUAGGCCUACAGUAAACCUGCAUUUUUCUCAUAUCUUGAUAACUUCUCGGUACUAUUUUAGGCAAAAAAGUAGAAAACGUUUGAAUUGAUUUAAAAGGUCCCUUUUGAAAAUUAUUACAUAAGAAAAUUGAAAGGAAGGAAUACCUGUUCCUUUUCUUUCAGUUCAUUUGCUUUUAACUCUUAAAACUGGCUGUAUAAACAUAGGCGUAGCGUUACUUUUUGAGAACUGUAUUACACAUGCACCACCAAAUAUAAAAGUUGUGACUGGCACGAUAGUUAUAGAGUGAAAUGAAUACUGCGCGGUGGAGUAAACGUAAAACUGCGUUUGGAUCCAGCGGGGACUUUUUAAAUAUAAAUUUUUUAUAGUUAACCCUCCCCCUAAAAUGAUUAAUUUGUCUUUUUUAAAUUUCUUAUUAUUUUUUCCACAAUUCCUUUUACACACCACUGGAAAUGAAAACGUUUUUGUAAAGCAAGGACAGGUGCACAGAAAUUAAUCUGGAUAACGAAUUGAAGUAAGGAAAUUGAUGUUUUAGACAAUAUUGACCAAAUAAUUUUCUAUUUCGUGAUAAUCAAUUUUCCACUUUGAUGCCAAAAUAUGACAAAGCAAAUCUACUUUUUUGCGAGCUUUAAACUUUUUCCCAAAUCAAUCUUCCGAUCUCUCUCAGUAUCCAGUUCUGUUUUCUGUUUCCUACAGUUUGUGUAUUAAUUCUGUUUUUAUAACCAUAUUAGGUUCCUAAAUUAGAGGAAAUAAUCUAGUAGUUUUUUUCCUUAGUCAUUUUUGAAACUGAAAUGGAAGGAUGAGACAUGAUCUUGUGGCAGAAAUGUAU